UUUCGUGUAAACUAGUUAUAUUCUAUAUUUUGAACUUAAAUGUAAUGUAAAAAAGGAUUUUUAUAUUCUAAAGUUAAUUAUAUUUGAAGUGAUUUAACUUAAAUAAACUUCAACAUGUACACAAGAACCAGACAAACUCCAGGCUAUGCUAAUGUCAGAAACCAAAGUACUCCAAAUAUAGGAUACCAAGGUCAAAACACUUAUAACCAGCCAGGAGGCUUUCAAGGAACCCAGCCUUCUUCAAAUCAACAAAGUAAUUAUAAUCAAGGAAGCGUACGGAAUCCACAACCAUUUAAACCACAGCAACCACAGCCACAACAACAAUCACAAAUGCAACAAGUAACAGCAAGAAAUUUGCAACAAGGGAAACCACAACAACCACAAAUGCAACUACCACCUCCAAGGAAUCUACAACAAGGGACAUCUCACCAAAUGCAGCAGCAACAAUUGCUACAGCAAAUUAAACAACCUCAGACUCAGUCUCAGUCUCAACCUCAAUCUCAAACUCAGCCUCAACCUCAGUCUCAGUCUCAGCCUCAGCCUCAAUCUCAGUCUCAGUCUCAAUCUCAAUCACAAUCUCAGUUCCAGCUUCAAUCUCAUCCUCAACGAUUGAAACCAAUUUUAAAACAACCUUCUAAUAUUCAACAACAAAGUGCAGUAACAGUACAAAAUAAUCCUGUUUCAUCCUCUCAAACAUUAGUUCCUAUCCCAACAUCUCCUUUAACAGCUAACUCUAAUCCUACACCACCAAUAAAUAAAAAUGUAAGUGAAGGAAAGAAUGAAAAUCAAGUGUCUGAAAGUGCAGAUGCUGAAGUACAGGAACAGCAUCCAAGAUGGAGACGUAAGGCACCUGGAUUUAGGGUAAAUAAGAGAUUGAAACGACUUCGUUUGAAUCAACGUUUAAAAAAAACAUUACAACCAAAAAAUGCAAUCAUGGUACUAAAUGAAAUGAAACCUGGAGUGCAAUUUACAUUUCCUGAAACUCAAGGACCUAUGCCAAACUCUCUCUAUCUUGUUCAUGCAGAGCUUGAUGGUAAAACAUAUGUUGGACAAGGAUUAUCUAAACCACUUGCUCGUCAAAAUGCUGCUGAAAAUGCACUAAAAGCUUUAUUACUUGAGAAAAUGACAGCAGCAUCUAUGAAAGCACGUAUCGAUGCUGAAUCAGAUGGACAAGCAAAUCAAUCUUCAGAGUCAUCUAAUACAGCAAAGGAGGAUAAUAACGAAGAAGCUGUAACACCAAUGGAUGUUUCUGUUGAUGAAAGUGAUGAAAUUCCAUGGAGUUCCUUAGCUAGCUUUGCAUUGUAUAAACUUUUCCUUGAAUGGCAUAAUCAAGGAACAUCAGUUCCAGUUCCAAGACCAGGAUUACCAUCACCUGCUAAAGGAAUGAAAAGAGAGAUUUCUCAUGUCCAGAAGACUCCAGUUCAAAAAGAACUUCCACCCAAUGCAACAAAUAUACAUCCUGUAAUGUUACUGAAUCAAAUGAGACCAGGUUUAACAUAUGUGGAACUUAAUCGAGUCGGUAAUCCACCUAAUACAAUGUUUACUCUUGCUGUUGAUAUUGAUGAUGUUGAAUAUACUGGAACAGCAAAAAACAAGAAAGAUGCCAAGAAAAUAGCAGCAAAAUCUGCACUUCUUGCUUUAUAUGGUUUAAAUUACCCGGAUGAAGUCAAACCAGUAUCUCAAGAUCAGGCAGUGGCUUAG